AUGGACGCUCGAGUUGCUCAAGAAGUAGCCGUCAUCGCCACGCGCAACCAGCGAGAGUCGGCCUUUCUGCGCCUCCCGGGCGAGAUCCGCAACCAAAUCUAUGCCUGUGUAUUUCGCGACACCACGAUUCCCAAGUUCUCAGAGAUGUACGUGAGCCAUCUUGAUCGACGCCUACCCCUCCCUGCGGAUCUCCGGCUCCUCGCUGUCAGCCGCCAGGUCUAUGCCGAGACACGCCUCCUACCUUUCAAGCUCUACGCUUUCCAGAUCUUGCCUCGGGGUAUCAGCACAUUCAUCAACCGGCUCAGCAACGAGCAGCGAGACGCUAUAACCACGUUCAGGGUCACUAGAAGGGCUUUCGAGUUCCCCAGUGGCGUUGUCCCGGUGACUGAUAGGCAUCCAGUGCAGAACGAUGCAUUGGCCGCCCUUCGGACUCUGGAAACAAUGAAAGGCCUCCAGCGCAUUGUGGUCUAUGGCUGCGUUUCUUGGGACACGGAAAACAAAAAUGUGUGGACUCAGCACUUGGAAAAGGAAAUGUCUGCGUGUAUUCGUCGCUGUGCUGGAAACCCAGAAAUCAGAGUGGUAUUCGAGUACACCAUGUGGUAG